UUAACUAUUUCUUCACAUUAAGUUGCGAAGUGACGUCACAAGUUCAAACCGACAGACUUAAACCUACGCUACAUUACAAUAGUAUAAUUAUAAGCAUCCGUUUAUAAUGGCGACAUUCAACAGGUCAUCCCCUCGCCCUUCGUGCCUGGUAUGUUAGGGGGAUUUUAAAGUCCGCUCCGUGCAGCUCAAGGGGGGCUUGUAGCUUGAAAGCCACAAACCGAAAGCAAAAUGAUGCAUUUCAAGACAAGGCGGCUGAAAGCAAGGUAAAUAAGAGACUGUGGCGUAUGGAGCUGAAGUCUGAUGGUUAACAAGAAAACGUUAUGAGCGGGAAAGCCUGGACAUUCACAUUGUUAACAACAGUUUCAUUUUUCACGAUUAACGUUCAUCAUGCCAAAUCUGAAUGUAUGCUUCCCGAUCUGCAGUCACACUUUAACGAAAAUUUGUUGGAAGAUCAUUUGUUUGAAAUGAAGGAAUUCCAUUACUCGAAGGAAGAAUACAAAGUUCUUUCAUUAAUAAACACUCUUUGUUCGACUUGGAAUAAAAAUAGGAACAAUAUGGAAAAAUUUGAAGUAAUCAAGACUUAUAUAAUGAUGUUAGAAUCUUUAUUUAAAGAUAUAAAAGAAAAUAAUUCAAAGGAUUUACUACAAAACUGUGCCAGAUACAACUGUUCAGAUGGUUACCGUACAACAUAUAUGAACGUAACUGCAUUCGGACAUAUGUAUUUGAAAUAUUGCAAAACAUCACCAUCAGAUUGUCCAUCAGAAAAGAGGACGACAUCUUCAACAUCUAACAGCCCAGCCCUAACUGCUUCUGAACGGACAACAAGCUCAAAACCAGAAAUCAGCCAAACCACCACUGCACAUGAGUAUUGGUCAACCGCUUCAUCAACAACUACUGUUCCUCAAUUUAGCACGGCAUCUUCAAAAACAACUCACAGCCCAAUCUCCGAUACCUCUGAAUCGAAUACAACUAUUCAGGAACGACUGGCAGACAUGUCGAUUAAAGUGCUCCUUGCUGCAUCUUUACUGCUGAAUGUCCUUCUACUCUUUUGGCUGUGGCAUAAGAAUAGGAAAAAGCUCAGUGGUAAGAGCAUUGCGUUAACAACGCAAGGUUGUGGUGUCGAUCCUAGGGGAUUGCAAACACCUAUGUAAAAUGUAUAGGAUAAAGCUAUGAAAGUCGCUUUGGAUAAAAGCGUCUGCCAAAUGGGUAAAUGUAAAUGUCAUUGCAUAAUUUCUGUCUUUUGAUGUUUUAUUUUCAAACAUAGAUUUUCUGAAUCUUUUUGUUUUUGUACAAGUUGACAAAAAUGUAUAAGGGUUGGUCACAUUGCUUUUACCUUAUUGCAGUCACUGCCGUAUAGUGUCUCCUUUUGUGUAUCAAGUUCAAGCUACUAUUUCAACAUUCCUCCACUUUAAUAGCUACCACAUAAGACCCUAAGCAUGGCACUGUGAUAUCUCUAAAUGUGUGAUUUGAAUAAAUAUUUACAUAGAUUCAUCAAAUUAACUUAAACAGUAAUGUAGUGUGAUGAGCUUGAAUGUGAUAUUGCCUAGAUUAAUAUUGAGUACUUCAGAGAUGAUGUAUUUUAACUUCCCAGGAGUUAGAGUUACGCUGGUUCCCUUGACUGAAAGCCUAUUCAUUUUUCCCAUAGACUUUUGGAAGAUCGCAAAAAAAGCACUGUGAUCAACAAAUGUUCAGAAUGUUUGCACAUUUUGUCUAUCAAGAUAAUAUUUACAGAUGAACACAAUAUUUCCAGUUUUGAGACCUUAUUACAAUCGCCAGAAGUAGAAAGCGAACACGAUGAAAGAAACAGACUGGGUACAUUAAUGCCUCUGUUGAAAAAUCACAGCAUAAUGGUUUGGUUUGAUGCUGGUUUGUGCUGGUUUAACAUUGUCCUUAGCUGGUCAUGUGCAGGUUUAAGCUGGUCAAAUCAGCAUCAAAACAUACCUAACCCAGCAUAUGCUGUUUUUUUUUCAAAAGGGUGGUCACUCGAUAUCAAUGUCACCACAACCAAGCCUCCAACAAACUUUAUUAAAAACGUGUUUCCUGCCUAAUACUGUGUGAAUGCAUCUCCAGCAAUGUUUUUAGAGAUUUGUGUCCCAGUUGCAUUAUUUGUGAGAUUUACAUGUGUGAUGAGCGGUGACGUCUAAUGUUCUUGCCAAAGGAUGUAGUUUCGUUAGCAACUUGUUAGCAACCUACGUUUUAAAGACACAAUAAAGGUUUUAGAAAAUCACAAGAAGGUUAUAAAUGGUAUGUUUUAUAUCAUAGAUUAGUCACCGAUUUACCAAAAACCCAUAGACUUUGGGGCAAUGGAACCAGAAGUCCUAAAAUGCUAACUCUCUGGGGUAUUAUAUAGGAGCACUGAGGGGAUAACUGUUGUCUUAAAUGGUUGUCCCACAGUUUCUUUCGAAUAGAAAAUAUUUAAGACUUUGUUGGAAUAAAUGUAAUAUAUACUGUCUUUUCAGCAGUGUUUUAUUUUAUACAUUAUCUUGUAAUUGUGUUUGUGUGUACAAGUAUAAGGGAAGUGGAGAAUAUAUACGCAAGUGUUCUGGGUAUCUCAGAAUGUCAUUUAUUUUAUUUGCUUAAAUGUUUAAAUACUUUGUGCAUUGUAACUGAAAUUACACUGUUGUGCUGCAAACUUGACUUAAUUACAAAACAAGCCGUACUAUAUAUACCACCAUAGACUAUGACAUUAAACAAUUGAUCAUUAAACCAAGUAAAAAAUAUA